AUGUCGAACGAGAACGACAACGACACAGCAAACAGCACCCUCUACUUCGGCUACGGCUCCAACUUAUGGCAGCACCAGAUGCGGCAGCGCUGUCCGACGUCGAAGUAUCUGGGGAUUGCGAGGUUGGAGGGGUGGAGGUGGAUUAUCAACUCGAGGGGAUACGCCAACGUCGUCGAAAUCAACUCCACCAGCACCACCAUCCACGAAGGGGAAGGGCAGGAGAAGGAUACGAAAGAUUCGCCUAGCGGCGAGGUCUGGGGCCUCGUCUACACGCUGGAAACCGAGGACGAGCGGCGGUUGGAUGUUAAUGAAGGCGUCCCCAUCGCCUACACCAAAGAAACACACAACGCCACCUUAUGGCCCUCGCACCCCGGCGUCGGCGCUAACAUUACUGAGAAAGGAGAAGCUAAGGCAAUGCUCGUCUACGUUGACCGCAACAACACUACGCCGCAUAAGCCGAAGAAGGAGUAUGUUUAUCGGAUGAAUAUGGGGCUUAAAGAUGCGCUGAAGGAAGGUGUUCCCGAGAGUUAUGUGAGGGGGGUGGUGAGGAGGUUUAUUCCGGAGGAGGAUGGGGAUGUGGAGGGGGGCUAUGUGAUGUUUGAGGUGGGGCUGGAUUGGCUCGUCCUGAAGGUGAUGUAUCGGAUGUUCCAUCUUCCUAAGCGACGGAGUAGUUCUGAACGACUAUCAAGCAGCGAUCGAAAUCGCCCCAAAACGACGCGAAUUGUCACUAUUACCGGGGGCCACUGCCACGCUAUUGGGACAAAGAGCAGCUCUCACAAGCGACCCUUGUCGCAGAUGGCUAUUGUCCUCGACAGCAGGACUUGGUCGACAGAUCCGGCGAAUAUGGUUCCUUUGUUCUUCCAUCCAUAUUCUGCUUUGACCGAAGGAGAGGACGACUCAAGAUUUCCUGAUCAGAUAUCUACUCCACUUGGAUAUUCUUCCAGAAAGGCGGCUACGGCAACAAUGGCGGCACCAUGCGACACCAGAUCGAAGGUCACCUUCUACAUGACCCCAGACCCAGGCUACAAUCUCCCUCUCCCACCACCGGCUUAUGCCCCUGUCCGAGCGCCUGCACCUCUUCCCGCAUGCCAGAACCAUCGAGUAAAAUGUCCCUUCUACACCAACAAGAGUCGAUGCGAGAACCUCCCAGGCAGCAGACGUACACGUGCGCCCGCCGGAAGCAAGGCAGCGAGACCCAACGCCGCGUAUCGAUCCUGCUUCUCUUGCGCCGACCAAGCCGCGCAAAUGCUCUAUUACGACUCUAAUCUCCGAGCCCAAAGCCAAGGACGCGUGCUCCUCGGUAGCCCACAGGGAUGCUUCCACGGAGGAGCCCAUUACCUGGGCCUGCUGUGCCCUGACUGCAAAAACGCCGAGUUCCGCGCGUACCACCAACGACUGUGCGAGCAUAGUUGGUACGGCGGCACCACCAACGCGGAAGUCCUGGACUUCAUCAAAGAGACAGCCGCCAGCACCUGCAAAUGCGAGGCGAAGCUCAUCAAGUUCGCGUGCUACGGCCAUCGGAUGAAGAUCCUCGAUGAGAUGCAGACCCGCAGCCGCAGGAACGUCGCCUGGCUCGAACGUCUCUUCCUCGCCCCGACACCCACGGGCGGCUCUGAACCCGCUCUCGCUGUUCCUGGAGCGGAGCUUAACGCGAUCAGGGCAAAUCGAGCGGCACUCGGCAACUCGGCGACGCCUUGUCGAUGCGGCAGGGAGAUUCCCACGACGGGGUUUGCGCUUCGCGGUCCGGAUGGGUAUCCUACUCUCGCUGCGUACUGUACAGCUUGCGAUGGUGCGAUGGUGGAUUACGAGACCGUGCAUAGGAUGGGUCUGCUUGGGACUGGGCCGCCAGCGCAUCAUGCUCUGCGGAGGAGUAGUCGACUUGCUGGACAUGCUGUGUGGAAGAAGCGGAAUUUGAAGUUGGGGAGGAAGAUUUGA